GUGAGAGUCGGGCAAACAGAUAAUCCAGUUUCAAGCUUAACAUGACAUGAUGACAUAGGAGUAACCAGUGAAAUUUCAUGCACCGAUUUGGGGUUCUCAAUAACAAACUGCGUAAGAGAGGGUCUCACGAAAGGAAAGUGGCUCAUUUGCUCUGCUAGUUCUUCCGAAUCCGAUCUCACCAGUCACCACCCUUUAUCGAUAUCUAUCUCAAUUUGAGCCGUGAAUCAUCAUCGUCUACAUUCAUAAAAUCAUCACAAACCACUCUUCUCUCCGAAACGCAAUUCGACCAAGAAUUUGAAAGUUUCUGAUUAUGACUAAGCCCAAUUCUUCUCUGCAAACUUACCUGGAUGUGGGGAAUUUAUCACUGUGUAUCACGUUUGCAUUCCCAUGAACACUUUGAAUCCCAACCCACCAACCAGAAUGUUGUCUAAAAGAAAACCCCUUUACAGAUUUCCACUCAUUCCUGUUUUUGCCCUUGUCAUAUGCCUCUCCUUCUUGGUUUUGUAUCGCUACUAUGCAAAACCUGAUUCCCAGUUCAAUGGAUUGUCCAAAACUUCAACAAUGUCACAUGCCCCUCAAUGCUCCGGGCAAGCCCUCGCCUUAGGGGAGAAAUUCGUGUGGUAUGCGCCUCACAGCGGGUUCAGCAACCAGCUUUCGGAGUUCAAGAAUGCUGUUCUGAUGGCGGGGAUACUGAAUCGGACUUUGGUGGUUCCUCCCAUUCUGGAUCACCAUGCUGUUGCCCUAGGUAGCUGUCCGAAGUUUCGCGUAGUGGAUCCCAAGGAUGUUCGAAUUUCUGUUUGGGAUCAUGUGAUUGAGCUUGUCCAGAGUCGAAGGUAUAUCUCCAUUGCUGAAAUUAUAGAUGUCUCAUCAUUAGUUUCUCCCUCUCUUGUUCGAGUGAUUGAUCUUAGGGAUUUUGUGUCAAUAUGGUGUGGCAUCAGCUUAGAUUUGGCUUGCGUAAAAGAUACAAAGUUGCAGUCCUCUGUUUCUGAAAGCCUAAAACAAUGUGGAUCUCUGCUAGCUGGGCUCCAUGGUAGUAUUGAAAAGUGUAUAUAUGCCGUCAAUGAAGAUUGCAGAACUACAAUAUGGACUUUCCAUACAGAUGGCCAUGAAGACGGAAAGUUAGAUUCAUUCCAAGCGGAUGAACAACUGAAGCAAAAAAAGAAAAUAUCAUAUGUUCGGAGACGGAAAGAUGUAUUUAAGACUCUUGGACCUGGUUCUGAAGUUGAAUCAGCCUCACUGCUAGCAUUUGGAAGCCUGUUCUCUGCCGCAUACAAAGGUUCUGAACUAUAUGUUGAUAUUCAUGAAUCUCAUCAGGAUCAGAGGUUUCGAUCAUUGAUGGACAAGAUUAAACAUCUUCCAUUUGUCCCAGAAAUUAUGAUUGCUGGAAAGCAGUUCGUUAAAGAAACCAUAAAGGCUCCAUUUCUUUGUGCACAACUUAGACUGUUGGACGGGCAGUUUAAGAAUCAUCAAAAGGCUACCUUUCACGGAUUAAGGCAAAAAAUCGAAUCUUUGAGGAAGGAAGGCCCUCUACCCGUUCAUAUUUUUAUAAUGACUGAUCUUCCUGGAGAUAAUUGGACUGGUACUUAUUUAAGUGAUUUAAUUAGUGACAAACAUAACUAUAAGGUACAUUUCUUGAAAGAGAAUGAUAAGUUGGUUAGGCGAGCAGCCAUAAAACUCAUGGCAGCGGGUCAUGGACAGAGGUUCAUUUCAAAUUCAGAUAGUACAAUUAGUAAAAGGUAUUGUUCCAGUCAGAGACUACCAGAUCUACUUCUUUAUGUUGAGCAGACUGUAUGUAGCUGUGCAUCUCUUGGUUUUAUUGGAACUCCUGGAUCAACAAUUGCUGAAAAUAUAGAACUAAUGAGAAAAUUUGGCUCAAGCUCCCAGCAAUGUUGAUGGCUUUGUGGAAAAUAACUUAUGUUAAUAGGGUUUUGUGGAUUGAUGGGGUGAAAGUUCAAUCAUGUUUGUACCCAGGAGAUGAUUGAAUAAGCCAAGUUCUGAGUUAUCUAUUCUUUUCCCAAAUUUUGACGACUAGUCAGCUAUGCCAAACAUCAGUCAUUUCUUAGGAGACAGACACCCAAAUGUCAAGGGCAUUGUUCUUAUUUUUGGUAUGAAACUCUGCUAUGCAUAUUGUUUCCAAAAGGUUAAGGGUUGUUCAUCUUACUGCCUAA